GAGUGGAGAGCCCUGCCUCUGUGCCCGUCCUCCCUCCCUUUCCUGUCACAGAGGCUCUGCGGGGGCCCGGAUCUCGUCCUCCUGAAGGCCAUGACUGACCGGCUGUGACCCAUGCUGGGCCAACAGAGCUUCCCGAGGUUGACGAGGGGCACUGAGUGUGUUAAUCAUGUAUCCACGAGUCACACUGCCGUCAGCUCUGUCCCUUCAGCAAUCUUCUAGUUGCCCGUGACUCGUGGGUGGGAUGGGCUGCUGGCCCACUGGGUGGCUCCGGAGGCUGCAGCCUUCGGUGGUUCUGAAGGGACAAGCAAGGGGCAGGUGGAGAUGUCCCCAGAGCCCAGCAGUUCAUCUCACAUUUAGCCCGACUCUGAAUCCAGCUCUGCCCUUUCCCCACGAAACAGUCGAGGGCCUGGCAGAACGCUGACCGUGCUCCCGUGCGCGCGCUGGGGCUGACCUGGCCAUCAAGGUGGGAACUGGAUACACGUGGGACAAGAACUAGCCAGCAACAAAGAGGCAGAGCGAGGGUCAGACCAGAGACAAAGCAAGCUCCAGCGGCUGCUGUAAACACGCCCCCGACCUCAAGCCUCGAGCUUCCUGCCGAGCGCCAGGCAGAGUUCUCACAGGGCCCGUGGCCCUCCACUUCCUGAGGCGGAGGCACACAGAGCCGCAGGGCCUCCUUCAGAGCCCAGGCUGCUCUGCCAUCGUCCUCUGCCCUGCAUCUCCUGGGAGAAAGGACAAGAUGAAGUGGGAGGCGCUAGCCAUCGCGGCCAUCCUGCAGGUGUGGUGCCCGGUUACAGAGGCACAGAGCUUUGGCCUGCUGGAUCCUAAACUCUGCUACUUGCUGGAUGGAAUCCUCUUUAUCUACGGUGUCAUCGUCACUGCCCUGUUUCUGAGAGCAAAGUUUGGCAGGAGUGCAGACGUCGCCGCCUUGCAGCAGGGCUCAAACCAGCUCUACAAUGAGCUCAAUCUAGGACGAAGAGAGGACUAUGAUGUCUUGGAUAAGCAUCGGGGCCGGGACCCCGAGAUGGGAGGGAAGCAGCAGAGGAGGAAGAAUCCUCAGGACGGCGUAUACAACGCACUGCAGAGAGAGAAGAUGGCGGAGGCCUACAGUGAGAUUGGGGCGAAAGGAGAGCGUCGGAGAGGCAAGGCGCAAGACGGCCUCUACCAGGGCCUCAGUCCAGCCACCCAGGACACCUACAAUGUUCUCCACAUGCAGGCCCUGCCCCCUCGCUAACAGUGUGGGUCUCACCAGCCUCAGGCCUGACCUGCUGAUGCCAACUGUAAGACAGGAUGAGCUCUUUACCACCGCCUUCCCUCAUACUUCUCAGCCACUGAAGUACUCCCCUCCACAAACAGGAUGCUUCCCAGUUGUGACAUUUGCUGAUCUCCAAUUCCAAGCCCUGGCGCGAUGAACAUGUCCCUGGGCUCCAAGGGAGUGCAGCCCACAGUCAUGGGCAAGGCCCUGCCCUUAGGACUUCAGACUUGCUGGUGCCUGGAGAGCAGCCCUCUCCCUUGGCUCCAUGUCUUAACCUGGGGUUGGGGACAAUUCCCUCACAGCUGGGUUAGGUCUGCCUUGUGAAGUCCAGGGCAGGCCCCGUGUCAGCACAUGUCCUGUCUGUACUGCUGUCAGGAAUCUGAGUGGCUUCGCUCCUGCUGUCAACCCCCCCCCCCCCACUUCAAGGUAACCUGUGCUUGGGCCACUCUGUGGAGGGCUGGGCAGAAGGGCCAGCAGGGCAGUCCUCCAUCAGACAUGCCUCUGCAUCACCAAGUCACAUGCCAGGCACUGUGGGGGGUGGAAAAACGUGCAAGGCUGUCCUUGUCCUCACAGGUUCACAUCUUAGAGGGAAAAUGAGUCGUGCACAAUCUGGUUUAAAAAAUGGGAAAUGGAGUGUGAACACAGAGUGUCACUAAGAUUGUGAACAAAGCGUGGAAGUGAGUAGGGAGGAGUCCUUCCUGCCCUGCUCCAGGCACCGUCCCUCAGCCUCCCGGGAAUGGCAAGCCCGUCCUGGGGACUAAAGGACUCGUGGCCGUGGGUGGCAAACCCUCUUUGCUCUGCUUGGUUUUAACUUAUACUGGCUCGCUAAAGCCCAUUUCGUAUAAUAAAUGCUUCAGUGAAA